CUUAGAGAAGAGGAAGAAGAGCAUGCUGCUAACACAUACUACCGUGGCUUGUGAUUCCAGCUAACAGUGCCGUGUCUGUGUUCCUGCAUUGGAGUGACUGAUGAAAAUCAGUAGUCAAGUCUGGAGGGUUCUUCCCUGUCAGUGCAUUUGCUUUUCAGUCCUUGGGAAAUUAGGAGCAUUCCUUUCCCGUUAUUUCCUAUUAGAAUGGGUUGCAAUCUGUGCAGUUUUCAGAAGAGGGAGGAACACUACAAACUGCUGUAUGAAGUUUCUCAGGUUAAUGGAAAAGAUCUCUCCAAAGCUACUCAUGAGGAGGCAGUGGAGGCUUUUCGUAAUGCAAAGGAACCCAUUGUAGUCCAAGUUCUACGAAGAGCACCUCUCAUUAAAAUGCAUGGGAACUCACAGGAUAUUCAACUCAUGGAUGCUAGCACACAGACAGAUAUUACCUUUGAGCAUAUUAUGGCUCUGGCUAAGCUAAGGCCAACCACACCUCCAGUUCCUGAUAUAUGCCCUUUCCUGCUUUCAGACAGCUUUCAUUCUCUUCAUCCAGUGGAGCAUGAAUUUUAUGAAGGUAAUGACUAUCUUUCCAGCCUGCCCACUGAUGCAGACAAAACUGAGGACUUUGAAUGUGAGGAGGUUGAACUCUGUCGUGUCAGCAGCCAAGAAAAACUGGGUUUGACUGUCUGUUACCGCACAGAUGAUGAGGAAGACACAGGAAUCUAUAUUAGUGAGAUUGAUCCAAACAGUAUUGCUGCCCGAGAUGGACGGAUCCGUGAAGGAGAUCGGAUUUUACAGAUAAAUGGCCAAGAUGUCCAGAAUAGGGAGGAGGCAGUGGCAUUGCUCUCCAGUGACGAAUGCAAGAAAAUUGUGCUGCUGGUAGCAAGACCAGAGAUGCAACUGGAAGAAGGAUGGCUGGAUGAUGAAAGGAAUGAAUUCUUAGAGGAUUUAAACUUAGAAAUGUUGGAAGAACAGCAUAAUGAAACAGUGCAGCAAACAGGCAAUGAAGUGGAACAGCCAAAGAAACACGAGGAAGAAGAUGGCACCACAGACACUGCUACCUCAUCAUCCAAUAACAAUGAAAAGGACAGUGGAGUGGGACCCACUGAUGAGAGUCAGCGCAAUGAUGAAAGCUCAGAACAAGAGAAUGUUCCAGAAGAGCAGAGCACCACAAUGCUGCAGAGCCAACGAGGGCUUGGACAGAGUCAGGACACUUUGGGAAGCAUGGAACUCCAGUGCAAGGAGAGCCUUGUGUCUGGGGAAUACAUUAAAUCAGAUAGUGUUGGUAACCAGGAUGCGGACUGUGAAAGAUUUCGCCAAUUGCUAGAGCUUAAGUGCAAAAUCAGAAACCAUGGAGAGUAUGACUUGUAUUACUCAAGUAGUACAAUAGAGUGUAAAAGAAGGCAAAAAGUUGGGGUUGAGCAUGAAUUGCAGUUGCUCAAUGAGGAACUGAGGAAUAUUGAACUGGAAUGUCAGAACAUUAUGCAAGCUCAUCAGCUUCAAAAAGUAAAAGAUCAGUAUGGAGACAUUUGGGCAUUACACAGUGGUACAUUCAGAAAUAUUAAUACCAGCAUAGACCUUCAAGGAGGAAAACUGGAUGACAUUAUAGAACACCCAGAGAAAUCUGACAAAGACACUUCCAGUGCUUACAAUACAGCAGAGAGCUGCAGAAGCACUCCACUGAAUGUAGAUCAAUCUCCUGAUAGUUCUCUCCAGAGAAUGAUCAGCAUUACCAACAGGAAAAAUCUGAGGAGUACCAUAGUGACUAACCACUUGUCUUCAAGACAGAGUAGCAGGGAUAUAACCCAAAACAAAUCCAAAGCUACUGAGCAAAACAGUUCUCUUGAAGAAAAGGAAACAGUUUCAGAAAGUAGCAAAUCAACAGAGCAAGAGAGGCAAAGUCCUGAGCAUAUUCCUUAUCUUUCCCCAUACCAUAGCUCCUCAUACAGGUAUGGGAACAUACCUACACACGCUAAACAUUAUCAAAGCUAUAUGCAGCUAAUCCAACAAAAAUCUGCAGUGGAGUAUGCCCAGAGUCAGCUUAGCCUAGUGAAUAUGUGCAAAGAUUCACAGAAGUGUACAGAGCCCAAGAUGGAAUGGAAAGUAAAAAUAAGGAGUGAUGGGACAAGGUAUAUUACAAAAAGACCAGUAAGAGACAGAAUCCUGAAGGAACGUGCCUUAAAGAUUAAAGAGGAACGUAGUGGAAUGACAACAGAUGAUGAUACCAUGAGUGAAAUGAAGAUGGGUCGUUACUGGAGCAAAGAGGAAAGGAAGCAGCACCUGGUGCGAGCCAAGGAGCAGAGGAGGCGUCGGGAAUUCAUGAUGCGUAGCAGGUUAGAGUGUCUUAAGGAAAGCCCACAAAGCGGCAGUGAGGGCAAAAAGGAAAUUAAUAUUAUUGAACUCAGUCACAAAAAGAUGAUGAAAAAGAGGAAUAAGAAGAUACUGGACAACUGGAUGACCAUCCAGGAACUUAUGACACAUGGUGCUAAAUCUCCAGAUGACACAAGAGUGCACAAUGCUUUUUUGUCAGUUACUACUGUAUGAAAUCAACAGUUCUGGGGAAAAAAUCUACUACCAGUUUCGGUAGAGUACGAUUGCCUCGUUCAAAGUGGCAUUUUUAUAUAUUUUGUGACUGUUUAUAGUUUGAUCGUUUUUGUAAGGAAACUACUUGGUAAUUUUACAUUCGUUUUUCAUACAAUAGUAUUUUCUUUAACUGGUAAUUUUGCAGUCUUUCUUUGUGCUGCAAUAUAUUCAUAAUAUUUCUUUCUAUUUAAAAAAUCAAGAAAAGGAAGGAACAUUACUUUCGUAAGCAAUUUUAUGUAUUGUAAGAACUGGAUCUUUUUCUCUAGUUUUCUUUUUUACUAAUUAACAAAAACUCCAAUGCCAAAACAAAACUGCUUUAUACUGUCUUCUUGUUUAUUGACAAUUUACAUUUUUUACGUCAAAGAUUCCAUACCUCAUCUCUACAUGAGGCUUAAGAAUGACACUUUGCCCAAUAGCACACUGUACAGUUCAUUUACUUUUUAAAUUGCAAUUGUCUUAGUCCAAGUAAAGUGUAGGUGAGCAAUUCUCCCGUGAUAUGUAAUGGCAUUGGUCGUGUAGUUAGAUACUCUGUGGUAAUUGUGAAGAUCGAAGAAAAAUAAAUUAUUUCUUAUCUCUAAGAACGAAUAUUAAAGCUGCUUUAAUUUUAGAUUAAGUUACUCCUGCAUACAAGAUCUUUGAGGGCUAUGUCAAAGGCUUAUACAUAAUGAACAUUCAUGAGAAAUCCGUAUUUAUUUAUCCCUCAGCUUUUUUUAGCAGAUUUCCAAUCUAUGUUCAACAGAUACCAUCUGGACACAUAAGUAGGCUGCAUCCAGUAGACAGAACACAGGGUUUUGGAAAAGUGAUGCUAGCCUAGGAAGCAAGCAAUAUAAUUCUGUAGAACAAGCAUAUUGCUGUUACAGCUUUUCCAUCAUUGAUCUUUUGAUACAGUACAAAACCCAUGUAUACCUUCCUGCUUGUUCUUUUAACGAUGACAUUAAACGAUGACUCACACUGUUACUGC